AUGGCGAACGUCGCGCUUCUUGGUUCCACCGGCAUGGUGGGAUCGCAUAUUCUCACCAACCUCCUCUCAAACAACAAAGUCAGCCGUGUCGACACAAUCUCCCGCCGUGCCCCAACCGUUGCCGGAGACGCCCCUCAAACAAAGCUUACCACCGUCGUCUCCGACAACAGCUCCAAAUGGGCCGAACAGUUCUCCGCCCUCACCCCUACACCCGAUAUCCUCAUCUCCUCACUAGGCACGACCCGGGGAGCGGCGGGAGGCUUCGAGAACCAGUACAAACUCGACCACGGCGUCAACCUUGAUAUUGCCAAGGCGGCGCGUGAAGCCGGGACAAAAGUCUACGUCCUGAUCUCCAGUAGCGGCGCUAGUAAGGACUCUUCGAUCCACUAUUCUCGCAUGAAGGGCGAGAUCGAGGAGGGCGUGAAGGAGCUGGGCUUUGAGCGGACGGUGAUCCUCCGCCCCGGCUUGAUUGCGGGGACCCGCGAGGAGAGUCGUCCCGUGGAGGCUGUGGCCCGGUUUGUGGCGAGCUGGGCUGGAAAGCUGCAUUCGAGCUUGAAGGAUGGGUGGGCCCAGGAGUCUGAUGUUAUUGGCCAGGCGGCUGUAAAGGCUGGGUUGAAGGCGCUGGAGGGUGAUGUGCCCGAGGGCAGUGAGAAGGUGUGGCUGAUUUCAGGUAAAUCCAUUAUUGAUUUGGCGACGGCGUAG